UGGCGCCAGAGCAGCAGCCGCCAGCGCGCAUGUCAGGCGGCGCGCGGCGCUCUGCAGUCCGGAGCCCGUCGUCAUGGCGUCUCAGGUUGUCAGAUUGUCAGCUCUUCCGGCCUGUUUUGGACUGGUCUCAUUUAAAGUGUAUGCUUCAAGCAAAAAUCAACAUGAGAGGGAUCUCAUCAAACCUGAACAGCUUUCAGUUUACAAUGAACCUUCAACAAACUGUAAAUUCGUAGUAGAACAGCCAGGUCGGUUGCUCAAGGGGAUCUCUGCCCUGAGACAGACUGUUCAGCCAUUUGCUGCUCAAUGCAAGGGUGCAUAUAAUGCUGUUAGAAGUGGUACAGAAAACUCUAUUGCAUUUGGAAAAGGUGCCUAUGUCCUUCUCAAGAAUCCACCUGAAGGUUUCUUUCCAAGAGUGGGUGUGGUAACGGUGUCUGGGUUGGCUGGACUAGUUCUAGCAUCAAAAGGUUCACGGGUUCAGAAAAUGGUAUAUCCAGUGGGACUUGCAGCUGUUGGAAUGGCAAUUUGCUACCCUCAGCAAGCUAUAGCCGUAGCAAAGUUUUCUGGCCAGAAGAUGUAUGCCAUCAGCCAGGGGAGUUAUGAAGCAAUUCGAUCCCUCUGGAAAGAGAGUCCUCAACAGAAACAGGGAAUGACAAAGAAUGAAAACCUGGAGAUCACUAAAAGACAGGGGCCUCAGCCAAAUCAAGAGAGAUUUAAUAGGGUGGAAGGCAAUGGCCCUCCACUGGCAGAGAAUCAGCAGCCAACACUAUCGGAAAUUGUUUUUGUGCCAGCAGAAGAAAAACUCAUGAUUCCACUUGACCCUGACUUGCUAGACCACGGUCAAGCAAAUCCCGAAGAUACAGACUUGUACACCACUCGAAGUUAAGGGCCCAGAUGACUGCAGAUAUUUACAAUUUCUGGUGUUUGAAUCUGUUAGUAGUGUAUAGGUUCAUAAAUUUGGAGCCUCAAAUGAUACCAUUUAUGCUAAUGCAUGAAGUUACUUUAUUGUAUAAUGCCUAUUUAUUUGUAUCUCUGAUUAAAAAAAAGUGUUCAUAAUCCUGUCUCUUGUUUAAAGUUUUAUACAUUCAACCUACACAUGUACUAAAUACACAAGAUUGCUGGCCGUCUACUCUACCUUUUGUAAAGCUAUUGGCUACAUCUAGAAAAUAGAACAGGAAUUGUUUACUUUUCCAUCUACAAACUUCUUGAGCCCUCUCCCUUCUCCUCUACCUCCAAUAAAAUGCAAGGAGCAUCAUUAAGAUUAAGAUCAUAUGGUUUACUGGCCAAGUGUUAUAACGUUAGCUCCCUGGCCCCAUUCCUACCAUUAAUCUUGCCUCCAAACUUGCAUUUUCUCCAGUUGCCCUCCAUCACCUUGUGUUCUCUCUCCAAACUCAUCUGGUCCUUGAGCCCCAUGGAACCACUCACUUGCCCCAUUUUUCAUGAAACUACUGAUCAUCUCCAGUUUACUUCCCAAACUUCAAGUUCACUGAUAUUGUUAACAACUAUUAAAGUAACAUCUUCCUAUACAGCACCAUGGGUUUGUUUUUGAUUUCUGAAAACGUCUUCAUUACUACACACUGCUCCCAGAAUUAGCUUGCUGAAAUCUAUCUAUCUCAUAAGAAUGGCUUUCUGUUUUUAAUCAGGAAAAUAAACUUGCUUUGAGAUGAAUCUUAAAAUCCUACCGCAGUGUGGGAGGCCAAGCCUGAAUUGGCUCUUUUAAGAUUUCUAUUCAGUUCAUCCCAGUCUUGCAUUGACACUCCACUGCCAAAGCAGCGUGCAUUCUAAUUGGAAGUUGCAGUUGUUAGAAAGUAUUUAGUGUUCACUAUUAUUUCAGUAAUCUUUUGAUUUAUUAGUACAGCGUAAAUUGAGCUUUUCAAUAUCCCACACACUUGUGAAAGGUGCACGUCAGGAAUCCUGUGCACCAGUUAAAAGAUGGAAUUUCUCAGGACUCAAGGAAUUAACAUUCCAAAGUAAGUGCAAGUAUAAGAGGAAGAAUUUAAAAAUACUAAAAGGAACUGGUUAAAGGGUGGCUUGCACAUUUUGUCUCCAGUUUUAUAAGUGCAACAGCCAUGGCCUUAAUUUCUUGAGCUGGUGCACUCUGGCUUUGCCAAGUCUUUUUGAUAUUUAUGGCUUUUCCUUAAGAGGGAACACGUUACACUAACUUGUCAUGUAAUCCUAAAUACAGUUAUCAAUGUUGUGAGUCCAUCAUUGUGGACAAAGCAGAUAUUUUGCGUAAAAUGUCUACUGCAUAAUGGAUGGUGCCAAUAAAUUUAGUUCCUAA